GUGUUUACGUGUUUCUGCUUUUACACGGCUACAGAUAGGCUAAAGUUGUUGCGCGUGUCGUGCCCGGUGCACCUGUACUGCAGUUCCGUGCCGCCGUGUGCACCUGCCGCUGAGAAACUCGUGUGGGGGAGAAAAGUUUGGAAAUAGGCAGGACUACACUGACUCCUGUAGGAGUGCAACAAUCCGCUUUUCAGGAAGGAAACCGGAGCUCUGGAGAGAUAUCACACAGCUCCAGCAAGCGCUCACACCCGGAACUCACUCCGGCUCCUUCUCUCUCUCAGACUAAUUAAAAUAACAUCUCCGUUUGCUCACGUGUUUGCGGUUCAUACUUGUGAGUUGAAUAUAUAUAGAGAGAGAGAGAUAAAGAGAAAGAAAACUAUCCAGACUUUGGCUUAGCCUAAUAAAAUGUCAGACGUAAAAGUUCCUGAUCUGGACCUGAGAGAAGUGGACAUAUGCGACGGGGAACUGGAGUCCGACGAUGAAAGCGGAGUUUUCGACGCCUCGCUCGGGGUUUCAUCGGAACACCGUCCCGGAUCACACGGUGUGCGUUCACAUUCCCUACAGCCGCUACAAGAGCGCAAUAAAAGCUGUGUGGAUUCUGACGGCGCAGUGACGCCUGUGUGCCUGGAGCCGCUGUGGCAUGAAGCCUGGACACGGGCUGAUGAGGACGAGAGCAGGUCCCUGUGUCGGUCAUCCAUCGUGGACUGUCUCCUGGUGGAGCUGUAUGACACGUACAGCAGCGGGAAGGGCCUCAGGAGCGCAGACAGUCUGGACAGCUCGACUGAGGCCUCGGGAUCAGAUGCGUUUCUGGGGAGAAGCAACACGGCGUCCAGCUUUCUGCAGGAACUACAAGAAAAGCACACUAAGAGACACCAGAGGAAUUAUCUCACCCAAAAAGAUCCAGAGGAGCUGAAGUGGAUCAUUCAGGAGGUUAAUUAUCGUAUCGGAAUUCAGUCAGCUAAACUGGUACGACAGCUGAAAAGAAAGGACCGACUGCAUCAGAAGCAGCAGAAGAAAUGUGACAUUGUCACAGCCUGCCUACAAGCUGUCUCUCCGAAAAGAAGGGUAGAUACCAGGUUGAAGUUUACGCUAGAGCCAUCUCUUGGCAAAAAUGGCUUUCAACAGUGGUAUGAUGCUCUCAAGGCUGUGGCCAGGCUUCCAACUGGAAUUCCCAAAGAGUGGAGGAAGAGGGUAUGGUUAACAUUAGCGGAUCAGUACCUACGCAGCAUCUCUAUAGACUGGGAGAAGACCAUGAGAUUUGCGUUCAAUGACCGCAGCAAUCCAGAUGAUGACUCCCUGGGGAUCCAGAUAGUGAAAGACCUUCACAGAACCGGCUGCAGUUCCUACUGCGGCCAGGAGGCCGAGCAGGACCGUGUGGUACUGAAGCGGGUGCUGCUGGCUUAUGCCCGCUGGAACAAGACUGUUGGAUACUGCCAGGGCUUCAAUGUGCUGGCUGCUCUCAUCCUUGAGGUCACAGAGGGCAACGAAGGCGAUGCGCUAAAGGUGAUGAUUUAUCUAAUUGACAAAGUGCUUCCUGAGAGCUACUUUGCCAACAACUUGCGUGCUCUGUCUGUGGACAUGGCUGUCUUCAGGGAUCUACUCAGGCUUAAACUUCCAGAGCUCUCUCAGCACCUUCAUCACUUACAGAAAAUAGCCAAUCGGACAGGAGGAGGAAGCUAUGAGCCUCCACUCACCAACGUGUUCACCAUGCAGUGGUUUCUUACCAUGUUUGCCACCUGCCUGCCUCACCACACCGUGCUGAAGAUCUGGGACUCGGUUUUCUUUGAGGGAUCAGAAGUGCUGCUACGGGUUGCUUUAGCCAUUUGGGCCAAACUGGCAGAGAGGAUUGAAGAGUGUCAGACUGCGGAUGAGUUCUACAGCACUAUGGGCUGUCUGACUCAAGAUAUGCUGGAGGACAACUUGAUCGACUCCAAUGAACUCAUGCAGACGGUAUACUCUAUGGCCACCUUCCCUUUUCCCCAGCUGGCUGAGCUAAGGGAGAAGUACACUUACAAUAUCACUCCAUUUCCUGCUCCGGUCAAAGCCAGUGGCAGCCAGGGGCUCCAUGGAUGGGAAAGUGAUGAUGAUGUAGACAUGGAUGAUGAAGACUCUUUAGUCACUGCUCUGGGAUGCCUGGGACCGUUAGGAGGGCUCCUGGCCCCUGAGAUUCAGAGAUACCAAAAGCAUUUAAAAGAACAGCGAUUUGAGCAGAGUUCUCCCUGCAGCAGCAUGGCCGAGCUGAGCCCCGGGGCUGUAGCGGCUGGCCGGGCGGAGCACCACGCCACCAUCAACAGCAUGAUGAUGGAGCGCAUGAGCACGGACAUCAGAGCUCUCACUAAGCAGUACUACCGCAUCAAGAGACGGCAGCAACAGCAGGCCAACUUUCUCUACAUUCACUCGGGAUUGCCAGUGGAAGCUGAACCUGUUGCUCCUCAUCUGCCCAGUAAAGGGCCGAACCGUGACACCGAUAAAUGUCCAGCGACCAGCAUCUUUUCCUCCCAAAUCAACUCUUCACCUGUGGUCAAUCAUCUUCUCCUGGGAAAGAAGGCUAUAGCUGCUCAGCAUCCUUGCAGAAAUGGCGUGGCCCAGGGCCUUACAGGGCCACUUCCCCAAGGCCAGUCCACUCCCACCGAUGAUCACAGUUUUCAGUCCCCCUGGCGUGCUCAUGUUUGUGCCCAUCGCAGAAACCUGGCACGUGCUCGGGCCCAGCUGGGCUUUGAUGACCCUGUGGAAAUUGAGGACCACACUAUCUCUGAGCUCAAAACAAAGAUGGAAGAGGGAGAGGAGAAGAUGAAAGAGGAAGAAGAUCAAGAAAAGGAGAGGGAAGAUGUGAAAAACUCUGAAAGUCAGGAGAAAGAUGAUGUGCCAUUGCAGAAGCCGCUGCAAGGAGUUGGAGAGGAAGGAGACACAAAGCUUCAGCUUCAGGAUUCUGGCUGCAGUGAGGAGAUAAAGGAGAUUGAAGAGCAGCUCUCCACUCUAGACCUGGAUUCAUCAGCACAAGUUCCUUCAGAGAUGAAGGAUCCAGAAACACCUUCUCCCCUUACAGAGCCAGAGCCGGGAAAUAAUCCACAGCCACAACCAAAACCAAAUGCACAACCAUAUGUCUCAGCAGUGCCAUGCUCGGCCCGUUCUGACUCUUCCAGCUCAGAGAGCACAGUUUGCUCUGUUAAACAGAGUUCCUCUGUAGCCUCCACUCCAGAGAUUCUUCCCAAACCCCAGCAGAUCUUCUCUCCUUUCCCCUGCAUCAAAGUACCUCGCAAAUCCAUGGCUGCCCGCAACCUGGGUCUGUACGGCCCAACCUCCAGAACACCCAAUGUGCACUUCCCACACAUGAGCAAAACCAUGAACCGAAUGGGUACCGGCGUUGCCGCGUCCACCAGGCGGCGAUGAUCAGCAGCUUUACUUUACAGUUCUGAAUAUGCAGAAUAGCUUGCUCUUUCAGUAUGCAUAGAAGGUACGACAGUAUACAGCACAGAAGCCACUAAGAUAUUAUACGUGGUAGAGAUGUAAAUAAAAAUGAAAUAAUUCCUAGCUAAUAAAGUUUAUCCUAAAUGCGUUGAACUUUUUAUUUCAUCGAUUUUUGUAUUGCACAAAAAGGGACAAACUGAUUAUUAUUUUCUAGCAUUUCUCAUUGCUGGAGAAUGUGAAGACGUGUUCAAUAUUUAUGGUGCAUGUCUGACCUUUGGGUUUUGCCAUAAAUGUAUUAGAUAUGACUGUAUUUGUCACAGAGAUAUAUGAUCAUCAAAUAAUAAUAUUUAAAAAAUAAUCAAAUACAGCCUAUUUAUUUACUGGUUAAAUGGCAAUCUGGACAGAAGUCCUUGCUUACACUUACUCAUUUUGAUUUUGUUUUCCUAUCUUUCCAAUCUUUCUGGCACUUUUUCUCUUGGAAUUUAUCGCAUUUGUCUGUGUAUGUUUUUUCCCCCGUCACUUCAUUAGUUGGGUUAGGCCAUUACUCACUUUUUUUCUUUUCUUUCUUUUUUUUUUUUUUAAUUAGUUUACUUACCUUGGACAGAAAUAACUGUUUGAUUUUCAUUUUAUAGCUUAUGCUUUAAAUGUUUUGAACUAGACAGUGAAACCUCUUAUAUUGGACAACACAAACAGAUAAUUAAUGGAUCAUGGAAUAUUUCCUUUCAUGUUUGAUUUAGUUUCAUUGAACACAACUUCACAACUUUACGCCAAUAAAAAUUAUACACUUGUAUAGAAAAGA